AUGGGGAUCAAACGAUUCUGGAGCCGGCCGACCCCCAGCGAGGUCCAAGUCGUAGGGGAUUCCGGCAUCUCCAGCGGCGAACUCGAGAUCGUUCACGAUGGAAACCUCAAAUACACCGUCGCGACAGCCGGGAAUGGUUCCAAGCCCUCAUACCAAGAGGCAGUCGGGGCUCCUGUCGAAUCCAAGUCGCCACUGGGGUAUCACGUCGGCUGGCUGACCGUGAUAUUCCUCAACGUCAACCAGAUGAUCGGCACUGGUAUCUUCUCCACGCCCGGCACCAUCCUGAACAGGACCGGAUCUAUUGGCCUUGCUCUCAUAUACUGGGCGAUUGGCAUACUCUUGGCUGUGGCCGGUUUCUGCGUCUACCUCGAGCUUGCGAGCUACUUCCCGAACAGAUCUGGGUCCGAGGUCGUGUACCUGGAGCAAGCUUAUCCAAGGCCGAAGCACUUCUUCCCUAUCGCAUUCGCAGUAUACUCCGUCAUUCUCUCCUUCAGCAGCAGCAAUGCCAUUGUAAUGUCAACCUAUUUGUGGCAGCUUGGGGGCAGGACGCCGACGGACUGGCAGCUGAAGGGUGUCGCUGUGGCAGUAUAUACUGUGGCAGUAAUCUGUGAGUCCGAAAAACCUCUCGCAGACCAGCCUCUCAUAGAUGCCGCAGGUGUGCUCAUUCACAACAAGUACUCGCUCUGGGCCGUGAACGUCAUUGGGGGUAUCAAGAUCCUCACGCUUGCGUUCAUCAGCACCACAGGCUUCGUUGUUCUAGGCGGGAACGUGUCUGGAAUCUCUGAUCCCGGCGCCAACUUCUGCAACUCAUUCGAAGGGACGACGAGCAACGGGAACGACCUGUCUGUUGCACUUGUCAACAUCAUAUUCGCAUACACUGGAUACCAGAAUGCUUUCUCGUUAGUCAACGAAAUCAAUAACCCCGUCCCUACGCUGAAGAGGAACGGAGCGAUCUCAGUCGGCAUUGUGGGUGUGCUUUACAUUCUCUGCAAUAUCGCAUACUUCGCGGCCGUGCCCAAAGCAGAGUUCGCCAAGUCAGGACAGACAGCGGCCUCCGUGUUUUUUGCCGCCGUCUUUGGAAAAGGAGGAGCUCAGAAAGGUCUGGACUUCCUGGUUUUGCUGAGCGCCUUCGGAAACUUGUUGGCAACCUUGAUCGGUGCAUCUCGGUCCAUCCGCGAGGUCGGGCGGCAGGGUGUGCUACCGUUUACUGAGUUCUGGGUAUCCACGAAACCGUUUGGAACACCCCUGGGCCCCUAUUUCCUCAAAUGGGUGGUGACCUUCAUCGUCAUUGUAGCACCCCCGGCGGGUGAUGCUUUCCAGUUCAUUGUCAGCCUCCCGACAUACCCGGACGGCCUCUUUAGUCUCGCACUAGCUGUUGGCCUCUUUCUCAUCCGUUACCGUCACAAGCAUCUCAACAGGGGAAGGCCAGACUUCAAGGCUUGGGAUAUCAUGGUGCUGUUUUACGUCCUCAUUCAGCUUUACACCAUUGCGACGCCGUGGAUACCGCCCAAGGGCGGCCCGUAUGCGGGCGAAGUAAGCUUUUGGUAUGCCACGUACUGCGUGGUCGGCAUUGGCAUUAUACUCGCAUGUGGCGUCUACUACAUCGCGUGGAUGUACUUGUUGCCCAGGUGGGGUGGUUACGAGUUGCGGCCUGAGACACUAAAUGUCGAUACAGAUGGUGCUAACACCCAUCGGCUGGUGAAGGUGCCGCUGGACGGGUUGGUAAGGUGGGACGAGGAACAUGACGAAGCUGGUCACUUGCGGCGUAAUGGUCCCCGGUCACUAAGGUCCUCGCAAGGCGAUGUAAGCCAGGAAAAUGGUACGUAG